AUGAAGCUCGCAACAAGCACUAUCGCUCUCCUUGUUUCCGCACUCCUCACCGUCUCAGCUGCGCCAUCUGAGCUAAACAUACCCACGCUGGAAAUAGCAUCACCAGAAGGACUUACCCGCGUCGUCCUUGAUGGCGACGUCGGCAACAGGGCCGAUACCGAUGUCAAUAAGACUUCGGAGUACGGUACGGAAGUGGGCGAGUCCUCCAAAGACGCCGGGGCGGCAGGCGAAGCCUCACAGUACCAAGAGCGCAAUUUCUUCCACCAUUGCAUGAGCAUGAGGUCGGUUCCGAAUCACGCUCGGAAUUUCCACCACCACUCGUGCGCGUCAGCAUCAGCAACACCAUCAACAACAACAUUGAUUGUACCUAUAGCAGCUCCAACACCUGCACCGGAGCCAGUUCCAGUCCCCGUCCCGGUGCCAUACCCGGUCCCAGCCCCGGAGCCGGUCCCUGUCCCGGUCCCAGUCGUGGUCCCAGCCCCUGAGCCAGUGCCAGCCCCUGUACCGGUCCCAGUGCCAGCCCCUGCGUCGGUCCCAGUCCCGGUGCCAGCGCCAGCACCAAUGCCAAAGCCAGUCCCAGCCCCCGGAUCUUGUACGAACGCGUCUAUUUUGGCUGAUACGGAUUAG